GGUGGAUUUGUCACAUCUGAAGGUGGACAUAAGUUCAACCAAUCAACUCCCAUCAGUUGGAGGUAGGAAGCAAAAUAGAUUUGGUUGUUUAUCAUCUACUGCAAGAAAGAGACUCAAUGGAUCCAGAUCCCGAGUGAAGAUUGAUCGCUCAAAAAUUUUGUCUGAUAUGAAGCCCUCAGAACUGGAAGAUGGGAGACAAAGUGAUCUCAUGGAGUGGGAGGACACAUCCCCUGCUUGUGCUCAGUCUGAAGGAAAGGAUGGAGUUGGUGGACUCUUCUUCAUCCUUGAUACCAAUAUACUCCUCGAUCCUGCAUUCAAAUUUGAGGAAUUGCUAGAAAUGACAUUUGUGGGUCAGGAUGGGUCAUGUAUGGUUCCCCCAUGCAUAGUACUACCAUGGAAAGUUUUGGAGGAGCUUGAUUGUUUGAAGAAAGAGCAGAAAGACCAAGAAAUAAAACCAGAGAGAGAAGUGGAUCUCUGUCUGAGAGCCAGGAGGGCCAUUGGAGAAAUAAACAAGUUCCUCAAAAAUGAACAUCCCAGAGUCAUUGGUCAAAGGAAAGAAAGAGGUUCUUUGGACAAGUAUUUCAAGGCAUCAACUUCUGAUGACGUGAUUCUGCAGAGCUGCUUGUGCCUAAGGGAAGAAAAUCCAUCUGCCCUGAUCAUACUGCUCUCUAAUGAUCUCAACCUUGCCAACAAGGCCUUGGACCAGCAACAAGUCAGCUGUAACUCUUCUACUUCAUCUGGUUAUGAGAGCCUUCAGAAUCAACAGAUAGCUUCAUCAUCCCCAGGGAAAACUCACCUGAAUGUGCAGCUUGCAGACAAGUUACUCCUUGAACUGAAGGAACUUCUCACCAAAGACCUAUCAUAUAUCAUGGUGCAUGAACUGCAAGCAGCUUUCAAGGACUCUGAUUGGAGGAAGAUGGUGAAGAAACCCCCACCAUGGAAGACCAGAGAUAUGCUGGAUAUUCUUCUGAAGAUGUGGAUAUCUGUUUUUGGCUUGGUUUGGCCACGAUGCAUCAAGAGCAACAUUGAAAAUCUUCGCAAGACUUUCCUGGAAAUCUCCACUGUAUCCCGAGUAUGUACUCAUCAUACAGCUACCCACGGGGAUAAUGCAGCCAAAUGGGUGGCUGCAUGA